ACUCUGCAAAAGACUGAAACCAGGGGGACGGGGAAACGCUAGAAAUCCACUAUAACUCGAAAAUAAUAACCAGAGGUUACAGAACGGGGCCCAUCCAGUUCUUCGCUAGCACUUGCAACAUUAACACGAAAUGGAUGAACUUCCGCCAGAACAAAUCGCCGUAUUGCGCAAAGCCUUCGAGGCCUUCGACAACCAGAAGUCCGGGAGCAUCCCCUGCGACAUGGUCUCGGACAUCCUGCGCCUGAUGGGCCAGCCCUUCGACAAGAAGAUCCUGGAGGAGCUGAUCGAGGAGGUGGACGCCGACAAGUCGGGCCGGCUCGAGUUCGAGGAGUUCGUCACUCUGGCCGCCAAGUUCAUCGUGGAGGAGGACGACGAGGCCAUGCAGAAGGAGCUGAAGGAGGCCUUCAGGCUGUACGACAAGGAGGGCAAUGGCUACAUUCCCACCACGUGCCUCCGGGAGAUCCUGCGGGAGCUGGACGACCAGCUGACGGACAAGGAGCUGGACAUGAUGAUUGAGGAAAUCGACACCGACGGCUCGGGAACCGUCGACUUCGAUGAAUUCAUGGAGAUGAUGACCGGGGAGGUGUGAACAGGCCGACAGGAAAACGCCCGACAAGUGUACACAUUUUAUUUUAAUUACAAUUUGUAUUUCAUUUCAUAAAUAAAUUUAUUGACUCGA